CCCUAAUCGCACAGAUCUUAGAGAAAAUGAAUGAAGAUGUACCGCUAGGUAAUGUCACCGCGCAAAAAAAAGUAACGUUACCUCGCAAAGUGACUUUGCGGCCACGGAGAGAAGUAGGAGCCCGUCAACUGAGGAUCGUCUCCAUGACUCCAUCCAAGUGGCCAAGUGGGAAAGCGCGAGGUGGACUUUUCAUAGAAAACAAACAAGAAGAUUUGGAGUAGCUCGGUAGCUCUCAGAUAACGAGGAACCUGAGACCUCCAAAAAAUCCUAAAAUGGAACGAUGACAGUGAGUGUGAGUGGUAGGUGAGCAGCUGCAAUCUUCAAAUAGAAGAUCGCAUCCGAGUAGGAAGGAGGCUAGCAGCAAAGCCAUCUGCACGUGAUCCACACCCACCCACCCACGCGCGACUUUCCUGCCUGGGUACCGCGCGACUUUGCUGGGGCACGACCACCACAAAGACGACAUCACCGAAGAAUAAUCUAUUCAACAGAAAUGGCAAGUUCCCUUUGCCCACGAUAGAGGUUUGAUUGGAUCAGAAAAUCUAUGGCACUCCCGUUCUCAACUUGUCAUGCUCUUCCUUCUUCAUUAGACCUCACCGCACAGCAAGAAUCCGGUUUCCACGCUAGCUUUCACCACACCACACCGCAGCCAACUCUGUUCUACUUCUCCACACAGCAAUCACACCAAGAAAUUCCACAUGCCUUCCCUUGGCUUGGCUCUUAUGCUGCUCGCCUCUUUGAUCUCUCCGGCCAGCUCCUCCUGCUCAGAGCAUGAGAAGAGUUCCCUUCUCCAGCUCCUCGCCGGGCUCUCGAGGGAUGGCGGCCUCGCCACGUCGUGGCGGAGCAACACCGACUGCUGCACAUGGGAAGGGAUCACCUGCAACCAAGAUAGGAAGGUCACCGACGUUUCGCUGGCUUCUCGAGGCCUUGAGGGGUCCAUCUCGCCGUCCCUCGGCAACCUCACCGGCCUCUUGCGCCUCAACCUGUCGCGCAACUCGCUGUCCGGCGCCUUGCCGCUGGAGUUGGUGUCGUCCAGCAGCAUAAUCGUCCUUGACGUCAGCUUCAACCGCCUGGCAGGAGCGCUGCAUGAGCUGCCAUCUUCAACCCCUGCGCGGCCUCUGCAGGUACUCAACAUCUCAAGCAACUUAUUUACAGGACAGUUCCCAUCCACCACAUGGAAAGCAAUGGAGAAUUUGGUCGCACUCAAUGCCAGUAACAACAGCUUUACUGGGCAGAUACCAACGACGCCAUGUGCGAGCGCGCCAUCUUUGGCCGUGCUUGAACUCAGUUUUAACAAAUUCAGUGGAAAUAUCCCUCCAGGGUUCGGUAAUUGCUCUGUGCUGAAGAUGCUCAGCGCUGGCUACAACAACCUCUGUGGGACUCUUCCAGGCGAGCUCUUCAAUAUUACCUCAUUAGAGCACCUCUCUUUGCCUAACAAUUGGUUAGACGGAGCGGUCAAUGGCAUCGGCAAGCUCACAAAUCUGGUCACCCUUGAUCUUGGGGAGAAUGGUUUCACUGGCAACAUUCCAGAGUCUAUAGGUGAUCUGAAGAGAUUGGAGGAGCUGCAAUUGGAACACAACAAUAUGUCAGGGGAGCUACCAACAGCUCUAAGCAACUGCACAAAUCUCGUAACAAUUGACCUCAACACCAACCGCUUCAGUGGAGAACUUAACAAGGUCAAGUUCGCGAGCCUGUCCAACCUAAGAAAAUUAGAUCUUCUCUUCAACGACUUCACCGGCACAAUUCCAGAAAGCAUAUACUCCUGCACCAAUCUGACUGCACUACGGCUAUCUUACAACCGAUUCCAUGGUCAAUUGUCAGAGAAAAUAAGCAAUCUGAAGUACCUCUCAUUCCUAUCACUUUCUAAUAACUCGCUUACAAAUAUCACAAGAACACUUCAGAUCCUUAGUAGUUCCAAGAGCCUCACCACCCUUUAUAUUGGUUGCAACUUCCUGGAUGAGACCAUGCCACAGGAUGACAGCAUUGAUGGUUUUGAGAAUCUUCAGGUUCUUUCCAUGAGCGAGUGUUCAUUGUCUGGAACAAUACCUGAUUGGUUAUCAAAGCUCAAAAAUUUAGGGAUGCUAUUUUUGCAAAGCAAUCAACUAACUGGACGGGUACCAGACUGGAUCAGCAGCCUGAACUUGCUUUUCUAUCUAGACAUAUCAAACAACAGCUUUACAGGGGAAAUUCCACCUGCUUUAAUGGAGAUGCCAAUGCUAAGAUCAGACAAGACUCCACCAAAGGUCUUCUUUGAGCUGCUUGUUUGGAACGAGAACACAUUUAUGCAGUACCUCAUGCUCAGUGCUUUUCCUAAGGUGCUUAAUCUAGCCAUCAAUAAUUUCACUGGUGUGAUCCCAGAGGAGAUCGGACAGUUAAAAGGACUCAUUUCACUGAACCUGAGCUCUAAUAGAUUAUCUGGAGAGAUGCCAGAACAGAUCUGCAACCUCACGAACCUCCAGGUGCUUGACUUGUCUGGCAAUCAACUCACUGGUACAAUUCCAGCUGCACUGAAGAAUCUGCAUUUCCUUUCCAGAUUCAAUGUUUCUAAUAAUGACCUGGAAGGCCCUAUUCCAAACGUGGGCCAGUUUAGCACAUUUCCGGAUUCUAGCUUUGGUGGAAACCCGAAACUGUGUAGCCCUAUGAUCACAAACCAUUGUGGUUCAGCAGAAGCAGGUCCGGUCUCCACAAAACACAUUGGUAAUGAGGUUAUCUUUGCGAUCGCCUUUGGUAUUUUCUUUGGUGUAGGAGUCCUAUAUGAUCAGAUAGUCUUAGCCAGAUAUUUUGGCUAAAGCCUUGUAAUUUGUUCUCACUGCCCAAACCGUGUGAGCUCAAGUGGUUCUCAGUUCAGCAAGACGAUGUCUGUGGCUCCUGCCCCAGCAAGAUCAACAUCCCUGGGAUUGAACUUCAAGAACUUAAUGGACCUGUAACACUUUGGAUAAUGGAGUUCAAAAAUAUUGGCAGAUAAUACUCUGCCAUCUUCAUGUCAGUUCAGUUUUGUGGGUCCUACUCAGUGUACUCACAAGGAACAGAGUGCCACCCACUUGAAGCUUCUCUCAAUCAGAACAGAAAUAUUAUUAGCCAAAUAUGCACGGACAUAUUUUUUUCUCAACCAUAAAUGAAACAUUAGUAGCCAUGUGUACAGUGAUAUUCCUCUUUCUUUGUCA